AAUUCUUAGUUCUUGGCCGCUCAAAAUCAGCAGAAUAGGCCAAAAAGAGAGUCACAUCUCCUCUGCCUCCCAAGGUGGGAGUAGAGGAGAUAUUUAUAUCGUACAAACACAUGAAAAUGGCCUGAAUCAGAAGUUACAAGAUAUCGAGAUAGACAAUAAUCCAAACAUCAUCAGAUCCAUAGCAGAAGUGAACACACUUUCCUCUGAUGAUGGGCCACUGCGAUGGGUGCCUGUAAUAGAAAGUGUUAUUCCAAUUAUUAUUCACAGAAAACUGGUUGGAUCAGAAGAAGUGUUUGAAGUCAAUGCAUCAACAGGAAGUGGGACGUUUUUCAACACAGCAAUCAACUUAAAAGAAAUCAGACUGAAAAAGACUUCCGAGUGUUUUGUUCAAUGGAGAAAUCGCAAAUCAAAAAGUGCUUGGGGACUGAAUUUCAUCUCUGAAGAAGAAGCAACUAAGUUUCUUGAUUUCUGUUAUCAUGCGCGAGUUCGUACGUGGUCUGUUGAUUCACCCAAUACCUCUCAUCAGCAAACGACUGUAAAUAAAUGUUCACCACAGACUUAUGGAGAACUCAACAAUACAUCACAUCAGGGUGACAAAAGAUCUCCUCACUCCUACCCCCCACAAACCAACAAUAACAAAGACAAGCAUUAUGGUAGCAGUGAUACAUUGGUUGCCGAGGAAACUAGUAAUUACCAUGACAACGUGAAGUCUACCCAUAGUGAUCACCAACACAACACUAAAUUUAAUAACUCUAACACUCACCAAAGAAUAGCUGGUUCUCAUGGAAACACAACAAAGCAAUUAAGUUAUUCUGGAAACACUUCUAACUCUCAUGGCAACACAUCAAAACAAACAGGUCACAAUGGAAAUGUUUCUAGUUCCCAUAGCAAUGUUGCUCCUCGUUCCCAUGGUAACAUUUCUCCAUUAGCUAGAGCUGUUCUCCAUAGCAACAGCAGUCCAGGUACAAGCCAUAGCAGGCUAUCUAGUGGUAACGGUGGUCCUGAUAGCGGUUUCGGGUUUGAUGAAGAUGGAAGUGAGUCUUCUGACGUCUUUACUCGACCAGUUUCUCAGAACUCAUCAUCAUUUGAACGCUGGUCAUCAUUCAGUAGUGACAAUGACCCUUCUUUGGAGACUAGUUUGAAUGAAAGUGGCCUUAGCUCUGCUUUAGAGGACUCUACAGAAAGAGAAUACUUUAAUGAAAUGAAGAAAAUCCACCAGGAAAACUCAUUGGAAAUCUCAGCCACUUUCCAUGAUGAUGAUGAUCUCAUUAGUAGCUCUGGUACUGACGCCGACUUCAAGCCACGGUCAGGCAUUGCGCAGUCUCGUCAGGGGGGUGCAACUCGCAAAGCAGGCUGGUUAUCAGCGAAGCAUGUGUUAACAAGGGGAAAAGGCACCAAAAUAGAUUUAGCUUCAGAUCGGAAAUGGAGAAAGUAUUGGAUCACAUUGAAGAGUGCAAAGUUGAACUUUUAUCAUUGUAAUGAGAAAACAGUUAGUGCACAAGACUUGGAUGACCCAAGCUUCUCAUUGGACGUGGAUUCAUGUAUAGCACAGGCUGUCCCUGAACAUGCUAAGUUAGAUAAUGUGUUUAGUGUCAGUACAAGGCUUGGAGAGGCCUAUUAUUUUCAGGCUGCCAAUCAAACAGACUUAGAGAACUGGAUCACGGCAGUGCAUUCAAUGGCAGCUUCUGUUCUCAUUGGCUCUCGUCAAAAGAGUAAAGAUGAAAUGGUGCAAAAUUUGAUGGAGAGAAUGAACACUAUCGAAGAGAAGAUUGCUUCUGAUUCAAAGCUAAAGAAAAUGGCUGAGCUUCAAUCGACAGUUGUUACUGAUGCUAAAAUGAAGCAGCAAUUUGUGGAUCAGAUUUCAAGAUGGGAGAAAAAUCUUGAACAGCAUCAUAUCAUGUCGUAUCGUCUACAAUGUUACAUGUCUGCAGUGAAAGGCUCCCCUCAACCAAACCCUCAGACGCUGUUAGCAUGUGUAUCCAGGACAACCAAGCAAAACUUGUCUCGUCUUGGCAUUUUCUCAGUAAUGUCUUUUAAUGCUUUUGCUAGUGCAAGAGAUCCAGCAACUGAAGAGGAAGUUAAAGCAAGAAGCAAAGCAAAACGAUCCCCAAGCAACAUUGGUUACAACAAGAUCAAAAGUGCCAUAUUCACGUCCUUACGUAUUAAUGAUGCAUCAAGUGUAAAGUCUAUACGUGAUCGAUAUGCCAACAAGAAUGGGCCUAAAACACCCAAAACUUUUAAAAGAUCAAAUCUUGAAAUUAUACCUGAUAGUGAAGAAGAGCAGUCGGAGGCAAGGUCACUUAGCUCAAGUCACUCAGAAUGGCGUAGCCUUGGCAACUAUUUACGCAUAAGCCUCCCUAGCAACCAAAGUACUGUUAUUGCACUUGGUAACGAGAUGACAGUACAGGAUGUUGUUGUCAACACAUGCGAAAAAAGACAACUUGAUCCUCAUACUUAUUUCCUGAAACUAGGACUACAGGAAGAGGAUGGGACAAUAGAUUAUUUUAUUCCAAAGCAGGACUCACUCCUUGAAGACCAGAAUUAUACUCACCUUAAACUGUGUCAGAAGUGCAUCUACAAAGUUGAACUUACAAAGUCACUAGAAGUUGAUGGACUUGAUUUUGGUCUCUCUGUUGCUAGCAAGGAUGGCAUGAUAUAUAUCAGUCGAGUUGAGAAGGGUCGUCUUGCGCAUGUGCAAGGUGUACUAGCAGGAGAUGAAAUUCUUGCCGUUAAUGAUGUACCAGUUGGCGACGUGGAAACCAAUCCCUUGGGGGAUCUACAAGAAGCGUUACAAGAUUCAUGUAUCAAGCUAGAGCUUCAAUCACCGCGUGAUGAGCCUCCUGUUGCCCACAAAGUGACGUCAGAUGCCAUUAUAUCCUCUCUUGUCAUCAAACCUCCACCUAAACUAAGUGACAACAUUGAAGAUACAGAGUUAGUGGAUAUGAUUGUCCCUCCACCCGCCAUGUUGGACGAUGGUGAAACCUGUAGCUCUAUUCACACUCCUGAAGCACCAGAGACGCCUCCAACAGAACACAAGACAGUAGAUGAACUUCUACAGCAAGCUGAGCAAGUAACUAUAUUCUGCCGACAGCAGUUGGAAUACAGUGACGAUGAAUCAAGACCCAAUAUACAUUUAACAGAAGCAGACAAGCUACGUAAAGUUAUAAUUGAAUUAUUAGACACAGAACGCUCCUAUGUGAAGGACUUAAAGCUGCUAUUAAACAGAUAUCUAGAUCCACUUAAAGAUGAAAGUUUCAUGUCACAGUCUGAGGUGAAGGCACUAGUUGGGACAGUCGAUGAAAUCCUUGACUUUCAAAAGACAUUUUUCCAGGAGUUGAAGAAAGCCAUUGAAUCCGAGGCUGGUUUUGAAGAAUUUGAUGAAAUCUCAAAGUUCCAGAAUGUAAUCUAUACUAUAGGAGAGACAUUUUUGAACUACACUGAACACUUCAAACUUUACAGCGCAUUUUGUUCCAGUCAUUCCCGUCUUGUAGAGCUUCUUAGCACAGGACAAAACGAAGAUCUUAGAAAUUUUUUGAAUGCAAGAAAUCCAAAGAAUCAGCAUUCUGGGACACUUGAAUCUUAUUUGAUUAAACCCAUACAGAGAAUCCUUCGCUAUCCCUUACUGAUGAGAACUAUAUUAAAAGCACUUGACAAGAAAUCAGAAGAACAUGAAGUUCUUUUAGAGGCUGUGGUGGCUGUUGAAAAGGUUGCAACACACAUAAAUGAAAUGCAGCGAAUCACAGAACGGUUUGCACCACUGUUCAACCAAAUUGUAGGAGAGUAUGGAAUGGUGGAGGUUUCUGAUGUCACUAUUGACAGACUACUGCAUCAUGGGAAAGCAACUUGGUUAAAUUGUCCAGAUGAGCCAAGAAGUGGAACCCUUAAAUUAAAGUAUCCAGCAUCACCUAGGAUACAUAAGAAAACUACUCAUUCUACCAUGCAUAUUUUUGUGUUUGAAAAAGUUGUCAUUUUAAUCCAUUUGGAAUCAAAAUCUCGCAAGAAAGAAAAGAGCUCAUCUCUCAAGACUAGUGAAGAAAUUAAGUUUAAAACAUUAAUACCAGUGACAUCGUUAGUAUUAAGGGACCAUCGAUGGGCAACAGGAGAAACUCUUCAUUCAUGGGAAUUAGUUAACAUUAGUGAUACUACAGAACUUGGUCGUCAGGAAUGUGCCUAUCUGUUUGCUAGCAAAACUGCAGCUGAACAACGAGAAGCAGUCAAGAGUAUCAAAGAGGCCAUCAAGAGAAGCAUAAAAGCUGGUUCCAAUGUUACCACUAUAAGAUCUCACAGUUUCCGUCGUGCUGAUAAUGUUUCUACCACACCUGCACCUGCCAACAAUUUGAACUCAACAUUCCCCAUGACUGGAAAUUCAAACUUUUUACGUUCUCAACCAGAUGGGGGACUUCUACGUCGAUCAUUCAGCCAUAAUCCUGAAGAAGCCCUUACUAGGCGAAGUUCACUUCUUGAAGAUCAACAUACACAGUUUUUACAAGCAUUUCAAGAUGAUUCUCAAAAUAGUGACAAUGAAAGCUGUCUGUCAGAUAGAGUUAGUGUUGUUAUCAAAGACGAGCAAGCAAAACCUGUUGAUAUGGGAACAUAUUGAUGUAUAUGUUGUCAUGGCAACUUGUCAUUUGCUAAAAUCCUACCUAUAGUGUUCAGAGCAGCCUCUUCUGAAAUGCUUUUCUGUUUGUGUUUCUUGUGGAGAAAUUAGGGAAAAGGGACUAGUCCCAGUCUCUCACUGACCUAACACAGGAAGCCCAUUAUUAUAGAAGACUGAAGAGGCUUGCCUUAUAAAACAAUGUAUUUUCCCUUCAAUUGUGAAAAUAGGUUAGAGAUAUUAUCUAUUUAUAUGUUGAACUGUCAGAUGGUAUAAGAUGAUCAAAUCAUUUUUGAAACACAGUUAUUUAUGAAUAUAAUAAUAAACAACAUUUUUCAAAGGA